AGGCUUCUUUGCAGGUGGCACAUACAACAGAAUGUUAUGAAGCACUGCAAGGGUGCCUUCACAGACGAAGACUGGAAGAAAUUUUUGUCAUUCUGGGGGACAUUGAUUGAGUCUCCAUCCAUACCCAUCUACGACUACCACUUGCGCAACAUGCGAAAGCGACUUGUGGAGUGCAAACGUUCUAGAGUCUUCAAAUACGUGUACGAUAACUGGCUAAAAGACUAUAAGGAGAUGUUUGUCUUUGCGUGGACUGAUAAGAGGCGCAACUUUGGUAAUCGUACUACAAACAGAGUUGAGCGCCAACACGCCAACUUAAAGAGAUACGUCCUAGAUAGGAGCUCACUGGAACGUGUAGUUGGUUGUGUCCGGGAUAUAGUUGAGACACAGUUCGGUGAAAUAAGGAAGACUUUUUGAGAAAGCAUCGAAAAAACAAUGAAACACCACAAACACCCGAUGUUUCAACACCUACUUGGAAAAGUAUCCCAUACAGCCCUUGACUUGUUGCAUGGAGAGGCAAUUAGGAAGCUAGAUGUCUUGGAGCGCUUUAAUUCAUCAUGUGGUUGCCAAAUGUGGCACAGCUGUGGGUUGCCCUGUGCUUGUAGGAUAGAAAAGUACAUGC